AUGAAAAAUUCCAUUUUGUUUAUAUCUAUUUACAUAGUAGGAAUAGCAGGAAUGUUCUGUAGCUAUUAUCCCUUAGAUCCAGUUGCUUGCGUAUAAAAGACUCAAGGAAUUGCAUGUAAAUUUGGUUUGAGAAUAUUUCUAGGUCGAUUUAGUCUUUUUGAAAAUCAAUGUAUUGAGGUGAAAAGUAAUUAAUUAGGAUGUGAUCCUACUUUGAAUUUGUAAGCUUGCAUGUUGUAGAAAUAAAAUUCGAGUGGAAAAGAAGUUAAAUGUAAUUAUCUAGAUAUAUUGUGUAAGGCUACUUUGGAAAGAAAUGCAUUGAUGCUAAUGAAUUUCAUUUAAGACAUUUAGAAUGUAAAGAUAACUUUUCUAUAUAUGGUUGUGUAAAUAUACAAUAAAAAUAAUGUUAUUGGAAUGGAUUAACCUGUUCAUAAUUUUAAGGACCUAUUCCUUCAGAAAAUGAUUGUACCAAAAUUUUCAGAACAUCGGUUGCCCCUGAACUAUGUUCCCAGAUUUAAGACAUCCCAUGUAAGUUAUAUGAUUAAAUGCUGCUAGGUUAUAAUAACGGAUUUAAUGGUGGAUAUAUUUGUGAAAAUGUGACUGAUAGCAUGUUAUAAGUGAUAAGUUGUGAUGUUUAAGGGCUGAACUAAGUAGCCUGCACUUCAAUUAAGACUCCUGGAUAGAAAUGUAAAUAUUGCUUUGACUUUUAGGCAUUUUUUAACAUGGAAUAUGUAGAAAUUUCGAGCAAACGGAUGAAAUUAGCUGUUUAUAACUUUUAAAUGAAGAAGCCUGCCUUAGAAUUUCUAACCCAGCUGUUAAAUGUGCAUGGAGAUAGACUGGAUGUUAGAUCUAUGAUGUUAAGAAUGAUACUAAAUGUUCAGAUGUUUCAAAUAUAAAUCCAAGUGUUUGUAUGGCUAUAUAAGAAUUGUGCUAAUAUGAUAAAUAGACAAAAUCAUGCAAACCUAUAACAGGAUUGACUAAAGUAAGUUGUCAAACAAAAGGAUUAAGCAAAAGUUCAUGUAUGAAGAUAAUGGAUGAAAAAUGUAAAAUAUUAUAAUUAAUUCUAGGUAUAUUUAAUGAAGUAUUUGGGUGUCUUGAAUUAACUGAGGAACAAUUAAAUAUGGCUUUAUGUUUAGAUGACAUUAAUGAGAUGGCAUGUAUUAAUAUAACUACUCCUUAUUAAAAUUGUUAAUGGAAUGGUGAGAAAUGUCAGAGAAUAAUAAUCAACUAAGAUUUAGACUGUCCACUACCAUUAAUUAAUAAUGUAGCAUAUAAAGUAAAUGGAAAUGUUUGUUAGUCAAUAUCAAAGAAUGGAGUUGGUUGUAAAUACGAUUAAACUAAUCAUUUAUGUAUAAAGAGUACUGGAUAUGAAGAUUGUUUAACUCCUUUUAUAAAUUUAUUUGCUUGUGUAAGUAUUCAAUCACAAAUAUCAUGUAAAUGGAAUGAAGAGGUAGGCCAAUGUGAAAAUGUAGAAGUUAUUGAAUUAAAAACAACAUGUAGUGAACUAAGAUUCUCAAACUUCAAAGCUUGUUCUUAAGUAACUGAAUAUAAAACUGAUAAAUUUAUUGGUUGUUAUUAUAAUGAAGAAACAUCACUUUGUUCAGAGAUUAAGUUCACUGAUUUAAUAUAAAUGGAGUGUGAAUAAAAAGGAUUAAAUAAACAUGGUUGCACAAUGAUCAGUAAAUUAGGAUAGAGAUGCAGAUGGUAUAGAAAUGAAUGUACAAAAAUAAAAAGCAAAGAAUCUCUGUCUCUUGUAAAUUGUAUAGAAUUACAAUUUGUUAAUCCAGCUAUUUGUGCAUUAGUAACAGCAAAUUCAGAACCAUGCAAAUACAACUCUGAUGCUUUUGGAUGUGUAAAUAGUGUAAAUUAUAGUGACACAGGUGAUUUUUGUACUACUCCUGGAUUAAAUGCUUUUGCAUGUUCUCAAAUUACAAGAAACAAAACUGGAUGUUAUUUUGAUUAAAUAAAUAAUAUUUGUGUGACUGCUCCAGAUCGUAAAUCAUCUUAAGAAAUUGAUAUUAUUGCUUCUAUUGAAUUAUUAUCAACUGCUAAAUGUGUAGCUAGUUCUCCAACAUUGAAUAUAUGCAUGGCUAUUUAAACAUUAGGAGAGUCUUGUAUUUGGAACACAAGAACAUCUAGAUGUAAUUAUAACUCAGUUUAAUUAAAUGAAAAAUGUUUAGAUUAUAAUACACAAGAAAAAUAAAAGACUUAACCAGGUGCUUAAGUUUAUGUAAAUGAAAAUGUUUGUGCUAGCAUUGUUAUGAACUUUGUAAUUUUAUUAAUUUAUAUUUUUAAGCCUAAUUAUGAUCCUAGUAAAGGCAAGAAGAUUGAUGUACUAAGAGGUUAUUGCUAAUAUAAUGGAAAAGGAAACUGUAUAUUAUAUUAAGAGAAACCUUGCACAGAAAAAUGUUGUACUAGUGUUUCUGGAAUCAAUGCACAUGUAUGCAGUAGAUACACAGAUUAAACUGCUUAUUGUUAUUUUAAUGAAGUUAAUAAAUGUGUCGAAUUAACCAGUGAAUAAACAGAUUUAACAUCCUAAUAAGCAGUUAAAGAUUAUUAUAACUUUAUGAAAUAUAAAUGUUCAUCAAUGAAUUCUAAAUCUUGCUGGAUGAUUGAAUGGUCUACAAGUUAAAAAUGUUAUUGGGAUGGCUUUGUAUGUACAUAAAUCAAUUACAGUGAUUAUACUACAUUUACUGCAACUUUAUUUCCACCUACAUCAUUAAGUAAAUAUGGAUGCUAAGGAGUUGAAGCUAUAAAAUCUAAUUAUGCAAAAUACUUUAAAUAUAUUGAUACAAAUUAUUGUGCGGUAUAUUUGGUACCUCCUAUGUUAAUUGAUUGUGAAACACCAGGAGUGAAUAUUAACUAUUGUUUAGGAUAUUCAAAAAAUCUUUAUUGUAAAUGGAAUAAGCAAACAUUAGCAUGUGAAAGAGUAGAAGAUUAUUUAACACUUUUAACUUGUGAUGAGAAUCAAAAUGAAUUAGCAUGUAUUUCAAAUCCAUAUGUUCCUUGUGCAUUUUUAGAUGGAUCAGAUAAAUGUGUAUCUAGUCCUAAAGAUGUUAAAUGCAAUGAUUUUGCUUUAGCCUCAUCACCUUAUUAUGCUAAAGUAAAUGAAUAAGCUUGCAGAAAUAUUACAAAACCGGGAUAAAUUUGUAAAUUCUAUGAACCAUUAAAUUAUUGUGUAUAUUCUUAUGACACUUCAACUAAUUGCGAUUUACCAGGAGUUAAUAGUAUUGGUUGUUAUGCAAACACAUAAGGUAAUUGUAGAUGGGAUUCAACAUUAUUAGAAUGUUAUGAAGAAAGUGAUGAAAAUGCUUUAAAAACUUUAAAAUGUAAUGAUAACAUAAAUUAAUUUUUAUGUAAAAAUUUAUUGUCUGAUAAUUGUGAAUGGUCUAUUACAGAUUUAAUUUGUACAUAAAAAGAAGCAUUAAAUAAAGUUAGUUUAAGUAAUUUAUAUAAUUCUUAAACUUGUACUAAUUUAGUUGGAGGUGGAUACUAUUUUAGUAAUUAUAAAUGUCUUGAAUUAGUAAGUUUAACUAAUGAUUGCACUUCUAAAAUAAUGAAUAAACAUGCAUGUUUAACUAUGACUAGAAAUCAUAGAUGUUUUUUUGAUCCAGCUUAAGAACCUGAAUCAAAAUGUUAAGAAUUCAAAGAAGAAUAAUUAACUUGUUCAUCUGAUAAACUUAUAAGUAUUGAAGUUUGUAUGAAUCUACCAGCUACUUGUUAUUUUGAUUUAGAAACAUUAACAUGUCGACCUGUUGAUGUUUCAGAAACUACUAAAUGUUCAACCCUUAUAUAAAAUAAUUAAAUUUUUAAUAAACUUGCUUGUUCAUCUGUAAGUGAAACUUUAACAGAUUCCUCAACUGAUGAUGAAACAAGAGUAUGUACUAGUGAUCCUGUUGCUGAUAAAGCAUAAUAAUGUUAUUUUGAAUCAUAUUGUUAAUUUGACAUUGUAAAUUAUGGAUGUAAACUUGCUAAAAUAGUUAAUGCUUAAUUUAGUAGUAAUCAAAAUGGUCAAUAUUGUUCUUUGGCUCCUCAAUCAUUUUAAUGUACAAACAUUAACUCUAAAGCUAUUUGUCUUUAAUUAGCAGAAGAUUGUUAUUUUGAUAUUCAAUAAGGUGGUUGUAAUGAAUAUACUACUAAUUCUUUCAAAGUUAGAUCAUGUAAUUAAUUAAAUGGUAAUACAUGUAUGAAUAGUAAAACUGAAAAUGCUUAUUGUAAGAAAGUUCUUUUAGAAAAUUAUGAUUUUACUCCAGGAUGUUCAAUAGAUCCAAAUAUUACAGAUUUAUGUGAAGAUGAUAUGUUCCCCUCCUCUGUAUGCACUUCAAUUAUUCCUCUUAAAGCUGAUGAUUGUGUAAUGGCUUCUGAAAAUUGCUUUUAUAAUGGAAGUUAAUGUGUCAAUCCUACAAGUUCAGAUGUUAUCACUUGUACAACUCCAGGAGUAAGUAGAAGUCUAUGUUUGACUAUUGACCAUAAAUGUGAUUUCUCAUCAGGAAAAUGUACUAAUCUCACUAUUCCAGUGUUAAAAACUGAUAAAUCUAAUUAUUAUUAUGUCUGUAAUGAAGUCAAUUAUUUGAUUACUUAACAUAAAGAGUAUGCUUGUGGUCAAAUAUCUACUGUACCAUGUAAAUUUGCUUAAAACUAGUGUUAAAGAGCAUUCUAUGAUGAUUGUGCAAACUUAGUUGGAAUUGUAUCAAAUAAAGUAGCUUGUAUUCAAUGCUAAAAUAAAUCAAUGAUUUAUAGUUACACAGAAUCUAUAUGUUAAGAAAAAACUGACUUGAGUUCAUCAUGUGAUACAAUUUAAGCUUAAAAUACAUGUCAAUAACAAUCUACUAAUUGUGAAUGGAACGAUACUAUUGGAAAGUGUCAUGUAAAUCUACAAAGAUUAAAUUAAAAAAGUUGUAUAAGUCUAUCAAAUGCUAUAUUAACAAAAUGGGAUAGUUCCACUAAUGUUUGUGUAAGAUUAAGUUAAAAUACAGCAUUUAAUUCAACAGUUUGUGCAGGUUUAGGAAAGAAGAGUUGUUUGACUUCAAAAAGUUCAUGUUGGUAUGAUACAAAAACAGAAAGUUGUAUUGAUAUUGAUACAAUCCCAUUAUCAUGUAGUGAGAUUAAUGAAGUUGGUGGAUAAUAAUAACAUUGUUUAUUAUCAUUUAAAGAAGCAUGCAAAUGGGUCAACAAUUCAUGUGUUUAAGCUAGUCUUGACAGUGAUACAUGCUCUGUAAUGAAUAAAUUUGGAUGUCUUAACACUAAACAAAGAGUUCCAUGUGGAUGGUCAAAUGUUAAUGUUGCUUGUAUGGCCUACUCUAAUUAUAAUUAUUUUGGUUGUAAGAAUUAUCUAUGGAAUAAUAAUUACAAUUAAGUUAAUCCAUAUUUUUGUUAAUUAUUACAAGGUAAUGAAUCCUGCUUCUAUGAUUAAAAAACUUAUAAAUGUACAAAUGUUGGUUCAACUGACUUAUAUUGUAGUAAACAUUAAGGAAUUAAUAAAUUGGCUUGUUUAACUCGAACUUUAGAUAAAUGUAAAUUCGAUUCCACAAUAAAUAAAUGUGUUCCAACAACCGACACCGAUACAAACUGUCAUGCAUCCUUAAAUAAAGUUUCAUGUCUAUAAGUGCCUAAUAAAUACUGCAAAUUUUAUCUCAAUGAAUGUAGUACAUUAACCUUAGCAACUGCAACUAUUUAUGCCAGACCAGCACCUCCUAUAGGAUAAACUUACUCAGCUAAUACUUGUGUUUAUUAUAAUACUGCUUUUAAUGAUGCCUUCUUUAUUUAUGAUGAUAACAAAUAAUAUUGUGUAGAUGCCAAUUAUCUAAAAGAAUAUCCUAGAAAAUUCAUUGCUCUAUGUAGAUCUACAUCAAUAAAUGAGAGAGUAUGUUUAAGAAAAACAAUCAAUUCUUGUAAAUUUUUUAUUUUUUAUUUUAGGUAAAUAUGUGGAUAAUUAAUGUUUGGAUAUUUAAGCAGAUGAAAUUAAAUUAGAAACCUAAUGCAAUUCUGCUUAUAAUUGGAAAGCUUGCAUUCAAAUCAAUAAUUUUUGCAAAUUUUUCCAAGGAAAAUGUCAGCUAAUUAGUUCAACUGAUACUUGUGCUACUUUAGUGUCUACUGCUGCUAAUCCUCUUUAUGUUGGUCCUUAAGUCUGUGCUUCAUUUUCUAAUACUUUAUGUAAAUACGACUAGGAAGAUUAUGAUUGUAAAGCUGCAGCUACUAUUAAUGAAACCUGUGAUACACCAGGAUUAAGUAAAAAAGCUUGUUUAGAAUCAACAACCAAAUCAUUUUGCUUAUACAAUGCAAUUACUAAUAAAUGUGAUUUUACUUAUGAUAAUACUCUAUCUUGCUAAGAUACUUAAACUCCGAAAACUUGGUAUCUUAAUGUAGCUAGAUGUUAUUACUUAAGAAAACCAGGAAGUGUAAUUAAAUUUAUUUUAAUUUAGACUUGUUAAUUUUUAAAUGGAGAAUGCACAGACUUUCCACAAAAUAAAUUAGCAGAAUGUAAUGCUGAAAUCAAAACCAAUUUAGUAACAUGUUCUAAAGCAACUGUGGGAUUCUGCUUUUACAUUCCAGGCACUAACUUAUGUUAUAAAGGAACUUAAACUUCAACUAAUGCAUAAGACUGGAGUAAUGGAUAAUCUUUUAAUAAAUAAGCAUGUUUAAGAUAUCAACAUGCAACGAUAAAGAUUCCUACAAUGUGGGAUGAUAUAAAAGGUUGCUUAGAGGCUAGUAGUAAUGAUUUAAAGAAUUUAUAAUGCGAAUCUCCAAUUAAUAUUUAUGCUUGUUUGUUGAUUACAAACCCAACAUAAUUUUGCUAAUAUGAUUCAAUUGCAUAGAAAUGUGUAUCUUAUAAUUACUUAGUACCUCCAGGUUAGAUCGGUUCAUGUACUACUUUAACAAAUGUAAACAGAUUUGAAUUUUGUUAAUAUGCAAAUAAUGAUUGUGGUUAUAAUUCAGCAACUCGUAAUUGUUAGAUUUUUGCAAAAUAAGAUUUUACAAUAGCUACACCUAGUGAUUGUAUAAAUAGAGGAUUUAGUAAGUCUUUUUGUAUACAAUUUCCAUUAUGUAGAUAUAGUGAUGAAAGAUAAUUAUGUUAUGGUGGUACCAUCUUUUGUCAAGAUAAAUCAAUAGAAACAUGUUCAUCAGUCACUAUUGAACCAUGUUGGAUUGUUAAUGAUAUUUGUACUGGUAUUACUUAUUCAUAAUUAAAUACUGUUAAAUGUUCAGAUGUCUUAAAUUAAGUUGGAUGUACAAGUAUUACUAAUCCAAGUUAAAAAUGUUAAUUUAAUAUAUAAACAUCGACAUGCUAAGAAAUUGCAUAAUUUAAUUUAAAAUGUACAGAUUACAUAUAUGUGAAUACAUACUCGGUUUGUGAAAAUACAUUAGAUGUACCUUGUAAAUAUGAUUAUGUCAAUAAAUCUUGCAGAUAAGUACUUAAGACAGAUAUUUUCGAAUGUGAUAGAGGAUUAAAUGAAUAAGCUUGCUUAUUAUAUACUAGACCUUCAUUAAAAUGUCUAUUCAAUAAUUUCUGUUUUGGUCCUACUUUUGGUGUUAAUUAAUGCUCUGAUUCAAUAAAUAAAGAAGUUUGUUUAGGAUAUAAAUAUUUAUGUACUUGGGAUUCAGUAAAUAAGGUUUGUUAAGAUUUUGAUAUUACUGGUAAAACCUGUUCAAAUUUAUAAAAUGCUCAAACUGUUGUUUCAAUUUAAGUCUGUUAUAAUAGUUAAACAAAUUCAGGAGCUUGUGUUUACAAUUCCUUAAAUAAUACAUGUAAAUUAAUUUAACCAGUUGCUUGCCAUGAACUAGAAACAUAAUAAUAAUGUACCUAAAUCUUAGAUCUUCCUUGCAUAUGGGCUAAUCAUAAAUGUUAAUUUAUUUAAUUAAGUACUACCGAUACUUGUUAAUUUGUAGGAGAUAUAGGAACAAAAAGAGCUUGUCUUGAUGUUAUUAGAUAAGGUUAAAUGUGUUAAUAUGUGGAUUCAACUUGCUAAACCUACUAAGAAAGCUAUCAAGAUGAAAAUUGUAGAGAGAAUAUUAAUAAGAUAGCGUGUGUAACAUAAUAAAGUAGUAAAUGUAUCUGGAUUACUUCUACUCAAGAAGUUUUUAUUAAUUCAAUUAAUAAGAUUAACUAUGUUGCUGGAGUCUGUACUUCAUUUACUCCUAAUCCUUAAUAAGAUUGUAAUUCUUCGUUAAGUUAUGCUUCAUGUUUAUCUGUUAGUAAAUCUGGAUCAUUUUGCAGAUGGUUAAAUGGAUCCUGCAGAUUUAUUCCUGUUUCAAUUAAUCAAUCAACCAUCUAUUAUAAUACUUAUACUUUAGUUAAUGUAAAUUCAUGUGGAUUAGUUAAUGUAGGAAGAGUCAAAUAUUCAGAAUAAUCUAAAUCAUGUGUAAUUAUUAAUGAUGAGGAAUUAAUUUCGUGUAAAUGUGGUUAAGAAACUAAAGGUAUUAAUUAAAAUGCUUGCUUAAGUAUUAAAAAUCAAAAAUGUAAAUGGAAUGGUCUGAUUAAAAAAUGUGUUGAAUAAAACACUACUUGUGAAUUUAGUUGA